AUGUCUUCCUACACCAGUAAGAAGCCAGAGAUCAGGCAACGUUGGACGACGCGAGCUCAUACCGGCUGGGUAGAUGGUAUCGUCCAUCUGCCCGGCGGACGACACAUAAUCACAUGUUCGCAUGACGGCUCACUCCGAUUAUGGGACCUAGAGAGCGGUGCACAGAUAGGUGAGGACUGGAGAAAUGAGAGUAACGCAGAAAUAUGGUCCAUGGCAUUGUCUCCAAACGCCAAGACAGUUGCAAGCGGAAGCAGCGACUGGACAGUGGGGUUGUGGAACGUCGAGACGAGGAAGGCCAUCACCAAAUGGACGGGACACAGGGGAAUUGUGUGUACAUUGUGCUGGAGUUCAGAUGGCAAGCGAGUAGCGAGUGGAUCCUGGGAUAAGACAACAAGAGUAUGGGAUGUCGAGAGCGGUGAAACUGUCCUGACAAUCAAAACCGGAUACAAUUGGGUGCGGACGGUGAUGUACUCCCCCGAUAACAAACAUAUUGCGACAGGCGGAUACAAAGAAAUGACAAUCGGCCAGCCGGGUGUAGCCAACAUCUGGGAUAGCAAGACGGGCAAGUUGAUCACCACACUCGAACACGAUUCCAUAGUUUGGAGCUUGGCCUGGACAUCGGACGGAAAGAAGCUUAUCUCCGGUUCAUUAGGCGUGAUCAGCAUAUUCGACAUAGUCACUUGGCGGCAGAUUGCCGUUCUUAAACGUCACACAAACAGUGCUGACGUCAUCUCCUUGUCUUCAAACAACCGCUUCCUUGCAAGUGCAUCAUUUGAUAAAACAGCGCGUCUAUGGAAUCUCGACACCAAUCUCCAGAUCGGACAACCCCUCCAGCAUGAAGAUAGCUUGCUCUCCGUAGCCCUUUCCGUUGAUGGAAAAACGCUAGUCACUGGUUGCAAAAACGGAAAAGUGUACACAUGGGAUAUUCACACCAUCCUCAAAGAAACUGGCCUUGAAGACCUACUGCCCGACGUGCCCGUUCCUGACGUCAUAGAGUUGAUGGACGCCAAUGCCACGCAUGGCCAGGACGAUGAACUACCACCAGACUUUUUUGAUGGUGGACGACCCGGUGUUUAUUCCUCCACAGCAUACAGUAACCAAUACCGUUCCUCUGCCCGCCGCCGCCCUCUCGCACACUCUUCGAGGAAUGCGCUCCUCAGCCGCCUUUCAACGCUCCUUCGCCGCUCUCCCUCUAACAUUAAUCAAGCAACCGAACUUCAGCAACGUCCAAGGCGGUCUAUCUUCUCUCAUAGCGGCUCUCGUGUCGUCGAAGUUGCUGCGGUGCGGGACAAACAGGCGUUAUAUGUUGCUCCGCCGCAGGUAAAAAAAACACAGGCCCAACCACAAGGCCAAGCUCAGUCGUCGUCAUCGCAAUCUCAGCCUGCUGCCGCCUCAACUUCCACGGCACCUCCUGCUGCCGCUCCCGCUGCCGCUCCCGCUGCCGCUCCCGCUCCCACUCCUACUCCUGCUCCUGACACUCAGCCGAAUGGUAAUACCAUACCAGGUGCAAGACCUGCGCGUUCACUACCCCUCCGAAUGCUGGCACAUCUCGUUCUUUUUCUCUGCUGUGCAUCUUCUCAACACGAUGGCAAUGUACGACCAACACAGCAGCAGCAAGGCCAAUCGCAGAACCAGGCACCGUCACUGCAGACUCAGCCAGCCGCCCCCUCGACGUCAACGACACCUACUGCUCCUGAUACUCAUACUACCACGCCAGGUGCAGCAACCGCGCAGCCACGGCCCCUUCCAUUGCGAACUCGUUUCGUCCUUUUUCUCUGUUGUGCAUCUCUCCCGCAUGCAGAUGGGCAUUGA